AAGGCUGCAAAGUGAGAGAGGGUGGUUAGAUGCAGACACCAGCAAUAAGCAGUGGAACUAACAGCGGGUGUUUGGAAAGAAAGAAGAAAAGGUCACCACCAUGAAAAGCAUUCACUCCCUGGCUGGCAUCCUCCUGGUCCUCGGCUUUGUCCAGAGCAGUUGGCAGGUUCCUCUGCAUGAUGCUGAUGACAGCUUAAGUUUUGAGUCAGACAACACAUUAAAUGACGAGCCUGUGGAGUUGUCGAGCAUGAAGAGACAUUCAGAGGGAACUUUCUCAAAUGACUACAGUAAAUAUCUGGAGGACAGGAAAGCACAGGACUUUGUUCGGUGGCUGAUGAACAACAAGAGGAGCGGUGCUGCCGAGAAGCAACAUGCAGAUGGCACCUUCACCAGUGAUGUAAGCUCCUUCCUCAAAGACCAGGCAAUCAAAGACUUUGUUGCCAACCUCAAGUCUGGACAAGUCCGAAGAGAAUCUGAAAUGGAAAGAUGGGGUGAAACAUUCAGCAAGAGGCACGUAGAUGGAAGCUUCACCAGCGAUGUGAACAAGGUACUGGAUUCCAUGGCCGCCAAGGAAUAUUUACUCUGGGUCAUGACCUCCAAGCCUUCAGGGGAAAGUAAGAAAAGACAAGCAGAUGAAUGA